CUUCGCUGCUCUUCCCCGCCCACCGCGCGACAGUUCUAGCUGCGCCUGGACGCGCGGGCUCGUCAGCGCCGCCGAGAUGUCUGCGGCCUGGCCCCCUCUCCGUCGAGCGCAAUGAGCUGCCCUAACGGCCCGGCCCGCCCCGAGGAGGCCAGCGGCCUGGCAAUGGUGCUGAGCACGUUGGGUCCCGGAGCCGCGCGGGUCCUGUUCUACCCGACCUUGCUGUACACGCUGGUGCGGGAGUGGCUGCCCGGCUCGCAGCGGCCCUGGUUCAGCCGCGUCGACCGCUCCGUGCUGCUGGGGGCGCUGCCUCUGCGGGGACGGAGUCGCCAGUUGGUAGAGGAGCAGAAUGUCCGAGGAGUGGUCACCAUGAACGAAGAGUAUGAGACUCGCUUCCUGUGUUAUUCUUCUGAGGAAUGGGCGGAAAUGGGUGUAGAACAGUUGCGCCUUAGUACUGUUGAUUUGACUGGAGUCCCAUCAUUGGAAAACCUGCAUAAAGGUGUUGAGUUUGUGAUGAAGCACCGUGCAUCUGGGAACUCAGUAUAUGUGCACUGCAAAGCUGGCCGCUUUCGUAGUGCCACUAUGGUUGCUGCAUAUUUAAUUCAGCUCCACCACUGUACCCCUCAACAAGCAAUAGCCACCAUUCUUAAGAUACGUCCUCAUAUAAUCAUACGUGAAAAGCAAAUGAAGUUGCUGGAGGACUUUCAUACGUGUGUAGCAGUUGGAACUCCUGCACAGCAAGAGCCACCAAAGAUUCAGCAAAGAAAGAACAAGCCAUCACACAACGUGCAGAACCGUCCGCUGAAAACACCUGGUUCCUAACGUAUUGUUUAGGGGUAGACUGUUGUCUCAGCUACCACAAAGUUUCUUGAAGCAUGAGAGCAAAGGAGAUCUGGUAGCUUCCAGCUUUAUCAGUGCUAGGUGAACAUGGUUUGCCUCUACUGCUGGUCUCUAUUAUUACUUAUCUCAGUGCACCAGCAUGGGACCACUGUCAGCACUGCUCCCUCUCGAAUACAAGCAAUUAUAAACGAGUUGUUCCGGAAGGCCUUUAUUGAGACUUGCACCCCAAGGAUCUUACAGUAUCAACAAAUAGGCUUGACAUGAUUCUCCUCUUUUAACAUGUUCUCCCCCCCACCCCCGUAUGUCACAGAAUGAGCCCUCUAAAUAUGAGGGCAAGGGUCUAAGCUUUCCGUUUUUUUGCCAGGUAGUAACACAGUCGGGGAUAGCUGCCUCCUUUAUUCCAAGUUCAAUCAUAUCCAAUGCAUUGCUGAUGUUACUUUCAGUACCUCUAGCUAAAUUUGUCCUUCAUAGCCCUAAUAAGGGAGGAAGCCUUUUAUCUGCUAGCUGCAGCUCUAAGGGAUGUUCUGUACCGUGACAGAUUGCUGCAGUAGAUAGCCUGCAACUAAGACUGUAGAAAUACUUCAUCUAUUUUGCAUAGGGCUUGUUGGUAAAGGGUUUAGACCCAAGAAGCCUCUUAGCUGUGGGGUUCUGAGACACAAGAAGCUAACCAGCAGGAGACCACAGUGAUAGCAGUAAUCCAGACAGAACACAGAUGCCACCUACGUGUGGCUACAAUGCUGCUGCUUGUGAGCAGGAGUUGAAAGGUGGGGCAGGGAACUCUCUAAAGUAUUGUGAUCUUUCUCAAGGAGCUGGAGCUAUGGGGUCUAUACAUCUCUGAGCUGUUUAAAGGAAUGUAUUGUUCUGGCACUGCACCUUUCUUCCUUCAUGCCAACACAAACUGCAAAUUUGUGAGUAGCACCUUGAGGCCACUGCUGACAGUCACCACAGAAGUGGCUGGAUUGAGUUUGAAGGUGUUGGCAUCUCCCUUUUUGUAACGAUCCCGGAAGAUGUAGAUGUUGCCAUUACAACUAGCAAUUUUCCAAAGAGAUGGUACUGAGCUCCAGGCAUCUGGCAAGCAGAGCCGCGUGAAGCUAUCCAACAGAGGGUUAUAGCACAGCAGCGAAUCCCCCUCGGCUACAAUGAACACCAGGUCCUUGUGCACAGCAGCAUGCAUGCGCCCUGCAAAGGGUAACACGUAAGGCUUUACAUGACACUUCUCUGUAUUUGUAUCAUAACACUGGAUAAGCCGAGAGGGCUUGGUAAAGAAAUCAAGGUCAUUCUCCUCCCCGCCUAACAAAUAAAUGACACCGUUGAGAUUUACACCCGUAGCCCCAGACACUGCAACUUCCAGCUGGCUAGUCUCUGUCCAUACAUUGUCUCUUACUCUGUAGUAUAUGAUGGCAUUUGAGAGGAUAUCCUGCAGUGUCUUGCCCCCCAGUGAAUAGAUCGCAUCCUUGCUGGGCACAGAAACCAGAGUGUGUUGUAGCCUGUCACGGGGCAGGGGGGCACACCAUUCCCAGUCUAUCGUGGUGUUGUUGCAUUUCCACAUGCGUCGUGGAAUGGAUCCUCCAACAACAUAGAGGUCACUACCAUGCUUGCAAGCGGCAGUGAUUUGGUGACACAAACUGUUCUGACCACUAACACUGAUGGAGUCAUCAUCUGCACAAUGCAGUGAGACAGCAAGGGAAUGUGUACGGGAUGACUCCUUUCCAAUCAGGUAGAUAUGAACGUUCUCUCCAAUUUCCUAAACAAUAAAACAAAAUUUCAUUAAAA